UAAAACCAAGGAUUAUUAACCUGACUGGAAAUCAAACUGCUCUGUUAUAUCACAACGUGACGUUAACAUGUGAAAUUUUGUCAAAUCCGCCUGCCCAAAUCUGGUGGACCAAAGAUGGUGACACGUCACAUCUCAGCAACGUCCAAUUUGAGAACGAUAACAAGACUCUGGUUAUUGCAAAAGCUGUACUGGAUAACAUUGGAAGCUAUUCAUGUCAUGCAAGCAAUAGUUUAUAUUCGACAAAUCAAAGAUUAACAUUAAAUUUAAAAGGUAAGUGGAGUAAGAUAAUGGACAACAACAAAUACCUGGGGCCGGUUGUAUAAAACUCUUAAUCACUUUUUUAAUCAGUAUUUUGUAGUUACAUAGUGAUUAACUCUCAAAUACGCGCUUCUUAUUGGAUGACGUUUCCACUAACCAUAGUUAACUUUAAUCACUUUUUUAUACAACCGUACCAGCCCCUGCAGCAAUAAGGGGAUGGGUUUUACUGGAUUUUUAAUUAGGGCGAAUAGUUCAAAUUUGAUAAGCUAUCAAACAUAAAUACAGUUAGUUUAGUGUAGUGUAGUGCAUGCUUCCUUCUUCAGUAAAACACAGGAUCAACUGGAAAAGGGAUGGCUUUUGCCGACUUUUUGAAAGAACAAUUAAUGCUAUCGGGUAAUCAAAUAUAAAUAUAGUUUGUUUAGUUACUUCAGGAAGUAACACUGGAUUCUUGAGGAAUGGUUUGUAUCAGAGUUACACUAGUAACUUGCAGAGUGUCAAGUGGGCAGCCGAAGCCAGAGUCGUUUUAUCUCACUAUUGGCGGAAGCAAAAAGUGCUGGGUGCGAGGUUGUGGCUAAAUUCUUACAAGCAGUAAAAUUAUUGUUGACCUGUUCAAGAAAAAUUGUCGAAAUUUUAGCCUCUCCAUUAGCAUUUCCUGCAUUUUGAGGAUACUUUGCGGCGUAACAAAAUUGUCUUAAUUUAAAUUAAGCACUAUGUUUAACAGCACUACAAAACAUGCAGCUCGUUAAUAAAGAUACAUAGUUCUUCUCGGACAAAAUCGAAACAUAGUUCUUUUCGGAUAAGAUUAAUAAUCAAAUUCACCUUUCAAGCCAAUUAUCUUAGUCAUUUAACAAUACUUGGACAAGCUAGGCUUGAACACAGUGGCGGAAAUCUCGGUGGGGCGGACGGGCGACUGAAUGAAUUUUUUUUUAUCUUUCAGCACUUCCUAAUACGUACAUUGUUGGAGGAGAAAUAAGGAAGUUGAGGCAAGGGCAAAAGAACAGUAGUAUAGUUUGUUUUGGUUAUGGUUAUCCCGAUCCUAAAGCAACCUGGAAAAUAAACAACAAAGAAAUCCCUGAAGACUCCAAUUCAUCUAUUGGCAGUGGAAUAUACCAGCGUAGAUCCACCAAUGACGUGGUGCUACAAAAUGUUACUAGUACAUUAUUUUUCAACCAAAAUGGAAGCACGUUUGAUGAUUUUGGAAACUACACGUGCGAAGUUUCCAUCGAAGCAGCACCAGACACUGACUUUGCGACUACAAAAGUUAUAUGUAAGUGA